AUGGGCUCUCUCUUGAGGCGCUCGCUGCCCAGCACGAUUGUUAACACCGAAGACGCACCGCCAGCUCCUGUCAGCACCACAGUCGCCGACAGCACGAUGGCUGGGUCGGGUUUCUUGAACUUCUCCAGGACGAUUCUCCUUCCUCUGUUCAUUUCCCUAAUCCUCUACCUCGUGGUCUUCUACGCCUUACUGCCUCUGUAUCGCCGCCAUCGUGCGCGGUAUUCACAAUACCUGCCUCUGCCGCUCGAGUCUGUUCAGUCCGCCUCCGCUUCUCUCUCCACCCGCGUCCUCAACUCGGUAAUACCUGCUCAGCUCCGCAACAUACUACCAUCACUCUUUACCCGAAUUUUUAUGCCCUCAACAUGGGCGUUUCGGACCUCACACGGCCGGUCGAACAGCAUUGUUAGCGCAGACGACGGCACUCUCUUUGAUGAAGAAUCCGGUGAGGCGAUGGUGGGAUUUGACGCUCAGGAGCGGAACCGCAGGCGAGAUGCCAUGGAGAGGCAGGUUUCCAACAUGGAUGCUGCCACCAGGACUGUGAGUCGCAACGGUGGUUUGGGAGGACAACACGAAUCAGACUCCAACCGACGACUAAGUCGAGAGUUGGAGGAAGGAUUCCGCGAUGAUUCUGAUGAGGAUGACCAGGACGAUCAAGUCGUUGUGGGGAGGCGAGGUAGUGGUGCACGGACAUGA